UAAUUUAUGAGUCGUUGAUGAAAGGGAGACCACUCUGAUUUAGGCAUAGCAUCAUGGAACUCGAAAAAGCUAAUGCGUUGAAAGUGACAAACAAGACUGCAGCAAUUGAUAUUUUAUACAAUAUAGUGAAGAGAAAUGUUGAUACAAGUAAAGACACUGAGAUCAAGACCAAGGAGCAGGCGAUCCUGGAUUUAGGACAACUACUAGCAGAAACAGGACAGGCUGAAGAGCUUGCUGGUCUGAUAAAAUUCACUCGGCCAUUCCUGGCUCUGGUCAGCAAGGCUAAAGCAGCCAAACUAGUGAGGGGACUGGUGGACAUGUUUCUAGAUAUGGAGGCCACCACUGGAAAAGAGGUCCAGCUUUGUCAGGAAUGUAUAGACUGGGCCAAAGAUGAAAAGAGGACUUUCCUAAGACAGGCUUUAGAGGCAAGACUUGUUGCUCUGUAUCAUGGAACACAGCAGUUUACAGAAGCACUUCAGUUAGCUUCCUCGCUUUUGAGAGAAUUGAAGAAAUUAGACGACAAAGCUCUAUUGGUUGAAGUCCAGCUACUAGAGAGCAGAAUAUACCACUCUCUAUCCAACCUACCGAAAGCCAGGGCAGCCUUGACCUCCGGCAGAACAACAGCCAAUGGGAUUUAUUGCCCACCCAAAUUGCAGGCGGCUUUAGACAUGCAAUCAGGUAUACUACACGCUGCAGAUGAGAGGGAUUUCAAGACAGCAUACUCGUACUUUUAUGAAGCAUUUGAAGGCUACGAUUCUAUAGACAGUCCCAAGGCUCUGACGGGCCUGAAAUACAUGCUGAUGUGUAAAAUCAUGCUAAACACAUCUGACGAAGUGCAGACGAUUCUAAGUGGAAAACUAGCAUUGAAAUACCAAGGCCCUGAAGUAGAAGCCAUGAAAAGUAUAGCUCAAGCUAGUCACAAGAGAUCUCUAGCAGAGUUCCAAAAGACGUUAGUGCAAUACAAACCCCAGCUGGCGGACGACCCAAUCGUCAAUGCCCAUUUGAAGACAUUGUAUGACAAUUUAUUGGAACAGAAUCUCUGCCGAAUUAUUGAGCCGUUCUCUAGAGUUCAGGUCCAGCAUGUUGCCAAUUUGAUCAAACUUCAAAUCGACACUGUGGAAAAGAAACUGUCGCAGAUGAUAUUGGAUAAAAAAUUUCAUGGAAUACUGGACCAAGGUGCGGGUGUGCUGGUUGUUUUUGAUGAGACGCCUGUGGAUAAGACAUACGAGAAUUCUUUGGAAACAAUACAAAACAUGGGAAAAGUAGUGGACGCUCUAUAUCACAAAGCCAAGAAACUGACAUAGUGAAAACUGAAACUGACAUAGUGAAAACAGUGAAUCUGACAUAGUGAAAAUAGUUAACAUACCAGACAAAAAGGACUUAUUAGAAACAAGGUGUAUAUAGAAUGGGGGGGGGGGGGGGGGGGAUGUCAAACAAAAUUCACUUUGCUCCUGGCUGAAUAUUUCCAAAACUGAAAAUCAACUCAGAUGUUAACGUUAAAAACCAUGCUAUUCUACAGACUUGAAAGAGGGACAUGUUGCAUUUUUAUAAACUUGAUGAUGUUGUGAGUGGUAUGAAUAAAUUGUCAUUCUUUAUA